AUGCUCUGUGGUCUUUUGUUGUGGUUCUGCAUCUUCGUAGCUCCACUUAAAGCACAAGCCAUGAAAGAUGAAUUAUGCUCUGAUUCUACUUAUGACUACGAAGAUGCACUGAGCAAGAGCAUCUUAUUCUUUGAAGGACAACGCUCUGGAAAAUUACCACCAGACCAACGAGUCAACUGGAGAGGGGACUCCGCACUCUCGGAUGGCAAGCUUGAAAAUGUGGACUUGGCAGGAGGGUACUAUGACGCGGGUGACAAUGUCAAGUUUGGAUGGCCAAUGGCAUUUUCCGUCACCUUACUAAGUUGGGCCGCUAUUGAACACCAAGAUGAAAUAUCUUCCGCCAACCAGCUUGACUACCUCUGCCGGGCAAUCCGCUGGGGCACCGAUUUCAUACUAAAAGCGCAUACUUCAGCGACCACGCUUUAUACUCAGGUGGGAGAUGCAAGUAGAGAUCAUCAAUGUUGGGAACGCCCAGAAGACAUGGAUAUUCCUCGAACCCUUUACAAGAUUACGCCUACUUCUCCUGGAACUGAGGUAGCUGCCGAGGCUGCUGCUGCCCUUGCUGCUGCUUCAAUUGUCUUUAAAGAGUCUCAACCGGAAUAUUCCGCUCAGCUGCUAAGCCGGUCAAAACUUUUAUUUCAGCUUGCUGACAACUAUCGAGGAUCUUACAAAAGUUCCUGCCCUUUCUACUGCUCUUACUCGGGGUAUCAGGAUGAGCUGUUGUGGGCUGCUGCUUGGCUGUACAAGGCUAGUGGAGAAAAUUACUAUCUGAACUACGUAUCUAGCAAUCAAGGUUGGAGUCAGGCAGUCUCGGAGUUCAGUUGGGACAACAAAUUUCCUGGAGUUCAGACGUUGCUCGCAAAGGACUUUUUCUUGGGGAAGACAAGUUUGGCGAAUUUUAAGAGUGGUGCUGAUUCCUUCGUAUGCGCAUUGAUGCCAGGGAGCAGCUCUGUACAGAUUAAGACAACCCCAGGCGGUCUUCUUUACACGAGAGACAGUAGCAAUUUGCAAUAUGCUACGGGUGCUACCAUGGUACUCCUUUAUUACUCCAACAUCCUUUCCGCAGCUGGUUCUGAGGGAGUCCAAUGUGGUUCUGUGAUUUUCUCCCCUGCCAAAAUCCAAGCAUUUGCAAAGUCACAGAUUGAUUACAUUCUUGGAAACAAUCCCCUCAAGAUGUCAUACAUGGUUGGCUUCGGCAGCAAAUAUCCAACGCAGUUGCAUCAUAGAGGUGCAUCCAUCCCUUCCAUUCAUGUUCUACCAGCCGAGGUGGGAUGCAACGAUGGCUCCUCAACAUGGUACUCCUCCAGCAAACCAAAUCCAAACAUUCAUGAGGGAGCUAUUGUUGGCGGCCCCAAUUCCAACGACCAGUUUAACGACUUGAGAUCAGACUACUCGCAUUUGGAGCCAACAACUUACAUGAAUGCUGCUUUUGUGGGAUCAGUCGCUGCUUUGCUUGGCCAGAUCAAGGAAGAGUGUUUGCAAGUCAUGUAA